AGGGGGGGAAGAGGCUGGCAGAAGAGCUUUGAAUAGGGAAGUUUUGCAGGGGUUACGUUUGCAGUCAGUUCAGUGUUUGCAAAUAUUGUGUAGGCUCCUGAGCAAGUCUCUGUGAUCCAGGAGAAUCAGAAUUUGAGGCUUCUAAUUGCUGUGCAAUUGAGUUUGCAUGAAACUUUCACCUCUUCUGCAGGAAUUGACUCUUGUGAUUUCGGGAGAGAGUUUUAAAUCUCUCUGACUACAGACCACACACCUCCCUAUUUUUUACAACAGAAUUGACUUUAUUUUCCAACCAGACAUGGAUGUUCUCCCAAUGUGCAGCAUCUUCCAGGAACUCCAGAUUGUGCAUGACACUGGUUACUUCUCAGCUUUACCAUCCCUGGAAGAAUAUUGGCAACAGACGUGCUUAGAGUUGGAACGGUACCUCCAAAGUGAACCCUGCUGUGUGUCAGCAUCGGAUAUUAAAUUUGAAAGCCAAGAAGAUCUGUGGACCAAAAUUAUUCUGGCUCGAGAGAAAAAGGAAGAAUCAGAACUGAAAAUUUCUUCUAGUCCUAAGGAGGACUGUCCAAUCAGUCAGAGUUUCAGCCAGAGCCUAGAGACCAACAGCUUAAAUUCAGAUGUGAGCAGUGAAUCAUCUGACAGCACUGAGGAACUUUCACCUACUACUAAAUUUACCUCUGAUCCAAUAAGUGAAGUCUUAGCCAAUUCAGGAAAUUUGAGUUCUUCUGUCACUUCCACUCCUCCUUCUUCCCCGGAACUGGGCAGAGAACCUUCCUCUCAACUGUGGAAUUGUAUGCCUGGUGAAUUGCAUUCACCAGGUAAAAUUCGUACUGGGACUGUGGGCAAGACUGGUGAGAAGGUCAGUGGUGACGCCUCUCCAGAUGGCAGGAGACGAGUCCACCGGUGCCAUUUCAAUGGCUGUCGAAAAGUUUACACCAAAAGCUCGCAUCUCAAAGCACAUCAGCGCACUCAUACAGGAGAAAAGCCUUACAGAUGCUCAUGGGAAGGGUGUGAAUGGCGUUUUGCAAGAAGCGAUGAGUUAACAAGACAUUUCAGAAAGCACACGGGUGCCAAGCCUUUUAAAUGUACUCACUGUGACAGGUGUUUUUCCAGGUCUGAUCACCUGGCCCUUCACAUGAAGAGGCACCUCUGAAUGGGUCAAGAGGUGAAUCCUGUGGGCUAAGCGGCUGCAAGGUUGAGACAGCCUUGUGAGGAGGGAUGCGUGUCCCAGCCAAAAAGCAUGCCAUUUUGCACCCUACCCAGUUGCCUCCAGGACCUCUAACUUGAAGGUCUUUUGAGGGCUAAUAAAGUCAUGUAAGAAGCGGCAUCGCAACCGUGGUGCAUGAGGUUUGGGUUUUCCCGGACUCAUUCACUGGUACCUAACCUUCUGAGUGGCUCCUAAGCCUUUGCCGUGAGCAUGUGCACUGAGAAUGUUAAUGAUUGGGCUGACUGUAUGUUGAGGAUCUAUUCAUGACUGUAUGAUGAGGUAUACUUUUUUUAAUCUUGCGGUAGUUUCGCUGCAAGAGAGAUGAAAAAGUUAGUUUGAAUGUUUUGUGUGUGAGGAGCAUACUUUGAGAUGGGACGACCACCAAUCAUUUCCUGGGGGGGAGGGUCUGCACCUUUUUUUUUUUUAAACAAAAACAAAAACAAAAAAAAAAGGGGGAGGGACAUGGAGGGCGGGAGUGGGAAGUCAGGACCCCGGAGUAGAGAUUGGGGUAAGGGGGAGGCCCCCUUUCCUGGGUGAGAGAAGCUUUGGGUGUCUGGUGCAGCUAUUAAACGUGCAAUGUGUCAGGUAGCUUGUUUAACUUGCUACAGAGCUCAUUUGUAAUCCAUUGUAUAAGCUGUGUAUUUACAAAUAUAACACAAUUAUAACUUUUCAUUAUAAUACAAAGAUAAUGCAUGGUUCCGGGGAACUAUAUGCUUUUCCAUUCUUUAAUCAGGACUGCAAUUUUGAUUCCAGUUAAAGAGCAGCUAAGAUACAAUUGGUCUAAUACAGUGAUUCCCAGCCAUCUUGGACUUGCAACACAUUAUUAUAAUUGUUAUUUUUAUUAUUAUUAUUUGUUAUUGUUGUUAUUGUUGUUAUUUAAUUUUUACAACACUCCCUCCCCCUAAAAGUGCAGUGGUGGCACAGAAUUAUUUUUUUUUAUGGAAAUUUAAUUUGGAGAAUUUUUAUGGCACCCCCUUGAGAUAAUUGUAUACAUUUUGGGGGUUUCACAGAGCCAGGGUUUGGGAAUCACUGGUCUAAUGUUACAUUACGUAUGGAACCUGAAAAAAAUUUUCUGUUGGGUGGAUAAAACCACUGUAGCUUAGAAACUGAUUUCUCAUGCAGCUGUUUCUCUUAUUUAUGCCUUGAGGACUAAUUUCUGGUUUUCUAGCUGUUAAUGCACUGUUGACCUUAAUAAUGGUGCCUUAUGCAAGUGACCUUCUCUUGUGGGGGGGGGUCUCAUACAGGGGUAUGGGUGAUGCAUGCUUUAUUAAGGCUCUUUUUUCACCUGGCAUUGUACUGUAUCAAUGUAAAAUACAGAGGAAAAAAAAAAACCACACAACACACACAGAUCUUUGAGGUCCUCCUUCACAGAGACAACAUAAAAAUGAAAAUCUCCCUCAACAUGUCAGUAUUUGUUUGCUAUUUUUGACAACUUGACUGUCAGUGUUAAAGUGUAAUACACACACUAAUUGAAUUCCUGACCAACUCUGCCACCUUCAGACUUUUAUACGGACCUUGCACAACAAUUGUAUAGAUAAUACACCCCAAACUGUAUUUAAUAUGUAAAGUUUUCACACAUAUUAAAGAUACAGAAGUAUAAGAAGAUGUUAAUGUAUUGCUUAGAAGGCACAAAUUUCACAUAUAUAUCUAGCUAUCUGUUGGUAAUACAGAAAGUAUAAUACUUUUUUAAAAAGUGGGCAGAAUUCUUGUGUAUGUAUAUUUGUGUGUACAGUAUGUGUAUGUGUGUAUAUAUAUAUAUAGAUAAUAUAUAAAUAUUUUUUUUAAAAAAAGGAGAAAUUAGAAUGUUUAGCUAGGAAAUUCCACAGCCUGUGAAGAAAUAUUUCAAUAUGGCCAUAAAGGAGGCAAAAACAUGGAAACUACAAUCUCUCUUUUUUGGAGGCAUUCUUUUCAGUUUAAAGGUUUGCUAAAGGCUUUGUUGGCCUGGAGUCUCUGCCAGCCUGCUCACUGUUUGGCUGUCCAGAUCAGUGAGGGACUCUUCGGCCGUUUAAGAAUGGCAUGGACUGAAUACUGGCAUACUGGUCAGAUUCAAAUAAAAUCCACCAAGGGUUUUGUUUUUUUGGGUAUCAAAUUCAUUAGAAGAUUGAGCAGUAAACUGAUUACUGUGGAUCUUUUUUUGUUAUUGUUGUUCACUUUGUAUGCAGAGGAAUCUAUUUUUUCCAACAUGUAGAUUCUUCAGAGCAUUCUCUCAAACAUGAAACUUUUCCCAAAUUGGCACAUUACAACAUUGACAGCUAAUAUUUCAUCCAGCUGUUUGUUUACUUCUGGGUGUGGAUUCUUUUUUUUUUUUUUUUUUUUUUUUUUUAUAUAUAUAUAUAUAUGUGUGUGUAUGUAAGUGUCUAUAUGUGUAUAUAUAUAUGUUUAUAUAUACAUAUAAGUCUGGCUGGGCUAGUAUUUUGUUUGAUCUUCCUAGAAAUGAGUGAUGACUAGGGCUCACAUAACUGGUUUUUUAUCUGGUUUGGGUAUAUACGUUUGCCUAAAUAACUCAUUUCAUUUUGCUUAAAGGGAAAAUGCACUUUUUUUUUUUUCUUUUGGCAAUUCAAAAUCCAGAAAUUUGAUUUGCUGGGUUUGAAAACUCCUUUUUUGGCCAUGCUCUGCUUAGCCAUAACAAUCCUGUUAAGCAAGAAGGUAAACAAAAGGAAAAAUAAACAAACAAACAAAAAACCCUUGCACUGGCUUGUCUCACAAAAUACCAUCAGACUUGUUUGAAUGGGGUGGAGCUGAGUGCCAUAUAUGUCAAUGCCUGUAAUUUUCAUAAUAAGCAAGUACAUAAGAAGUACAUUCUGUUCAGGUGAUAACUGAGCCUCAAUCAAGCUGAAAUUUUUGCUUGAAAUUUAAAAAAAUUUCUAUUAGUGAAAUUUCUCUUUUUUUUGAAGCACCCUGUUAUCUAAAGAAUCUUUGUAAGAUUUUUGUAAAAUUUUGUUUUACAAGAUUUUAUUUGAAAUUGUUUUUUGCAAGAUUGUUAUAUUUCUGUAUGAAUGUAUUUUUUAUUGGAAUAACAUAAAAAAAUUCUUAUCAGCAA